CUGAGCCGCUGCAGGCCUUUAGUGCUUAGUGCUUUAGCGCUGCGAGCAACACGAGGGAAAAUGCCUCGCGUUUACAUCGGACGAUUGAGCUAUCAUGUCCGCGAGAAAGAUAUCCAGCGAUUUUUCAGCGGAUAUGGCAAAUUGCUGGAAAUUGAUUUAAAAAACGGCUAUGGAUUCGUGGAGUUUGAAGAUAACCGGGAUUCCGACGAUGCCGUGUAUGAGCUGAACGGGAAGGAGCUCUGUGGGGAGCGUGUCAUCGUCGAGCACGCCCGGGGACCGCGCAGAGACCGGGACCGGGACAGAGACCGCGAUGGCUACGGUGGGGGUUACUGGGGUGGCGGGCGCAGUAGCGGUUACAACAACAACAACAACAGCAGCAGCAGGAGUCGUACUGGCAGGGACAAAUAUGGACCUCCAGUCCGUACUGAGUACCGUCUCGUUGUGGAAAACCUGUCCAGUCGCUGCAGUUGGCAGGAUCUUAAGGACUUCAUGCGUCAGGCGGGAGAAGUCACCUACGCAGAUGCCCACAAGGAACGUGCUAAUGAGGGAGUGAUUGAGUUUAGAAGCUACUCUGACAUGAAGAGGGCUAUGGACAAGCUAGAUGGCACAGACAUUAACGGGCGUAAGAUUCGUUUAGUGGAAGAUCGACCUCGCAGGCAAAGAUCCUACUCUGGAAGCCGUUCAAGAUCUCGUAGUCGUCGCCGCUCCCGCAGCAGAAGCCGCAGGAGCUCGAGAAGUCGCUCCAGAUCCCACUCCAGGUCUCGUUCCCAUAGCCCCAAAAGACGCCACUCCAAGUCUCACUCCAAAUCGGGAGACAGGAAAUCGCACUCUCGCAGCCGCAAAUCCCGUUCUCGAUCUCGCAAGUCCAAAUCGCGCUCACAGUCUCACAAAUCUCGCUCCCGUUCAGCUGAACGGAAAUUUAAGUCUCGUUCCAAGAGCCGUUCUAAGGUAAAGUCAGAGCGAGAUUCACGCAGCAGAUCGAAGGAAAUGUCUGGUGACAGGAAAUCCCGGAGCCGUUCGGCUUCCCCCGUCGAGAAUGGGGAAGAGGAGCACGUUGAAAAAUCUGCCACACGCUCUCCAUCUCCACAGGAAGACGAUCGCCGUUCCAAGUCGAGAGAGAACCGCUCAGCUUCCCGUUCAAAGUCCCGCUCAAAGUCCCGCUCAAGGUCUCGCUCGCGGUCCAGAUCGGCCUCUCAGGAUUAGUAUAGGUGUCAAAGGGGUAGCAGUUUUCUUAAGCUUGAUUAUAAUGCUGUACAUAGCGAGCAGUGUUGUAAUAACUGAGUUCCUGGCUUCUCUACUUCAAGUGUCCACUCGUCUUUUAAGUCAUAGAUGGAUGCACAUUGCCCGUCUGACAUGUUUUGAAUUAUCUCCCUCUUACAUGCUCGUAUUUUGAAUCCUGUACAAAAGCUGCGUCACAGACAAAUAUGGACGUCCAGUCCGUACUGAGUACCGUGACUACAAAAAUUUCAGUGUGUUUAGUUUGGUUUUAUACAGCUCUUUUUCCCCUAGUAGUUAAUGAUAUUUAAAUAGGCUUGUGUAAGAAGACUCUUGUUUGUCAGAUUUUGUUCUGGUUGGUGUUUGGAUGGUUAACCACUGUUGCAAGAGUUCUCUGUACAUGCAUGCUGAAAAGCAUCAUUUGUUCACAGGGAUCGCUUUUUAACGUCAGCAAGUAUUACUGAGAGGAAAGUAACACAUGGCCACAGUACUGGAAUAGUUUCCUUUUGACUCUCAAGGAAUUGAGUUCUGUGAUGAUAGAACUUGUACCAAAAAAAUAUUUACAAGGAAAUAUGGAUUUAGAUUUCACUUCUUUAAAUAAGUUGAAUUGCUGUGCAUUUGAAGUAUAAUCCCAUUUUUAUCAGUUGUACAUAGUCUAUAUAAGAAAAGCAGUUAUAAAACCCUCCUUAGUUUUUAUUUUAUUCCUACAUUUCAUUAGAUCUUCAAAGCCUCAAAUACAGUGCAUUGUCCAGUUUUGCAAAGUUUUUUGGCUUUCUCUUUCCCAGGAAUUAAGGGUUUUGCAAAGUGUCCACUUAUAAGAAGUAUACUUUUUGGUCUGAAGUUUUUGAAGUCGGAGGGUGCAUGUGUUCAGAUCUGGCUGAGGGUGUGCUUGUGCGUUCAUAAACAAAAAAGUAUUGCAGCCAUCUCGUGAAAGUGUUUUUUUUUUCUGAUUACAAUCAGUUUUUUUUUCUUUUUUUGUAUGUUGAAUUAAACGUCUCGAUUAAAUCUG